ACUUGUUCACACUCACACAACUCAACCAAAUAAGACUUAGAAUUUCUCAAAGUUUAAGUUUCCCUUUCCUCUAUUCUAUAAGAUGAAGCCAGCAUUUGCAGCUCUUCUACUUGUGUGUCUUAUCCUCUGCUCAUCUAUGUUUGAAAUCUCAGCACUUGGUGUUGGUGCAGGUAGUUUCUGUUCGGCGAAAUGCGGGCAAAGGUGUUCGAAAGCUGGGAGGAGAGACAGAUGCUUGAAUUUCUGUGGAAUAUGUUGCAAUAAGUGUAAGUGUGUGCCAUCAGGAACAUAUGGUAACAAACAUGAGUGUCCUUGUUACAGAGACAUGAGGAACUCAAAGGGAACCCCAAAAUGUCCUUAAUCUCUAUGUUCCAUAUAUUUCCAAGGAUAAUUGGUCUUUGAUAGUUGAUCAGUUUUGAUGAGAAUGGGAAUAAAUAUGGAUCCUAAAUGUAUGUGUAACGUGUUAAUCAGGUUCUAUGGUUUUUUAAGUUAAUAAAACUAGUACUUUGAUUCUCAUUA